AUGGGAAAAGUCCGCCGCCAGGUUAAGAGAUGGUCCUGGUGGGGAGAGUUCUGGCUGAAGCGGCGAGCUGGGCAGCUCACAAUGUCAGCGAUUUUAGGGACAGUGCUCUACUUUGCUCUGGCACCGGCGGCCGAGGCUGAAUUCGACUCGCAAGCAUGGGCAAGGGUACAAACAGCUAUUACAGUAGUUCAGUUCAUACCCCGAUUUUCGCUCCAAGCAAAAUGGAAUCAUCCUCUUUUCGAACUGCCGCAGAACAGGCUCACUUCGCUGGCGGAUGCGCACGAUCCCCAAUUCAUGUGGAAUCGCUAUCUCAAGCCUAUUCUGAUUCCUCGACCAGUCGGUUCUGAAAACCUGCGCCAAGUGCAAAAACACAUCGAGAACUCGCUGACUGAGCUCAACGCUGGCUGGACCAUCGAAUUGGACAAAUUCAGGGAAAAGCCUCCCGCUCCUUAUGAAGAGCAAGAGUUUACUUCAAUAAUCGCGACGCUGAAUCCAAAAGCGCCAAGAAAACUCGUCAUUGCCUGCCACUACGAAUCCAAGAUCAUCAAGGGGGGCGAGUUCGUGGCUGCGACAGAUUCGGCGGUUCCGUGCGCGAUGAUGCUGAAUGCGGCGCGAGAAUUAGACUUGCUCCUCGCCGCGCAGAAGAAACACAACCCGGAAAUCACCCUCCAACUCAUCUUCCUCGAUGGCGAAGAAGCAUUCGUCGACUGGACGGAUACAGACUCCAUUUACGGAGCUCGACAUUUGGCCGCCAAGUGGGCUAGGACGCCGUUUCCAACUCAGAACAGCGAGCACAACGUAUUAGACUCGAUCGACGCGUUCGUGCUCUUGGACUUACUCGGCGCGCAAAAUCCCCAAUUCGAGUCGCACUUCAAAGAAACUGAAAAUCUGCACUCCCAGCUGAGGAGCAUCGAAAAACGACUCCACCAGAACGAGCUGCUCUCCGCUCAUCUCAAGGAAAACGCCUAUUUUGUCACUUCCAAGCGCUAUGCUGGAAGGAUAUCAGACGACCAUCUGCCCUUCCUGCACCGCGGCGUCCGGGUAGUCCACUGGAUCUCGACUCCCUUUCCCCGCCAGUGGCACAAGCUCGAAGACGACGAGUCGAACUUGCACCGACCUACAGUUGCCAAUCUCUGCAAAAUUCUCAACAUUUUCAUCGCCGAGUAUCUCCAUCUCUAG